AUGGUCGAAGACAAGAAGUCCGACGACUACAGCAUCGAGAUGAACAAGCUCGACUCAGGGAAGCAGUUUGAGGCUGCGCCUCCGCCAAAUCCCUCGCCCCGCGCCGUCCCCAGCUCUAUGUCCAACAGUCCAGCCCUCCCCGUUCUGGCAUACUGUGGAUCCUCAAUUAUGAUGACCGUGAUGAACAAGUAUGUUCUAUCGGGUCUGGACUUUAACUUGAACUUCCUCUUGCUCUGUGUUCAGUCUUUGGUCUGCAUUGCCGCGAUCCAGACCUGCAAGUCUAUGGGUCUUAUCACCUACCGCGACUUCAGUGCCGAUGAGGCACGCAAGUGGUUCCCGAUUACGCUACUCCUGAUCGGCAUGAUCUACACUGGCUCCAAGGCUCUCCAAUUCCUCUCGAUUCCCGUCUACACUAUCUUCAAGAAUUUGACCAUUAUCCUGAUCGCGUAUGGUGAGGUUCUCUGGUUCGGUGGCUCCGUCACCAGCCUGACCCUGUUCUCCUUCGGUCUCAUGGUUGUCAGCUCGCUCAUUGCCGCCUGGGCUGAUAUCAAGCACGCCGUCGAGAGCACCGGUGACACCUCCAGCAAGGUCUCGACCUUGAACGCUGGAUACGUCUGGAUGUUGAUCAACUGCCUGUGCACCUCGUCUUACGUCCUGGGCAUGCGCAAGCGCAUCAAGCUGACCAACUUCAAGGACUUUGACACCAUGUUCUACAACAACCUUCUAUCCAUUCCCGUUCUGAUCGUUCUCACCCUCCUGGUCGAGGACUGGUCCUCCGCCAACCUGGCCCGCAACUUCCCCGAGGCCAACCGCGACGGCAUUUUCUUCGCCAUGGUCCUGUCCGGAGCCUCGUCCGUCUUUAUCUCGUAUACCUCCGCCUGGUGUGUCCGAGUGACCUCUUCCACCACGUACUCCAUGGUUGGCGCGCUUAACAAACUGCCUAUCGCCGUGUCGGGACUUGUCUUCUUCGAUGCACCUGUCACCUUCCCCAGUGUCUCCGCCAUUGGUAUUGGCUUCGUCAGUGGUAUCGUCUACGCUAUUGCCAAGAUCAAGCAGAACGCCAAGCCCAAGACCGGUGUCCUCCCUACACCCGUCAGCGCCAGCAGCCAGAGCAUGAGAGACUCAUUGCGCUCUUAA